UCGGCAAAGCUAGAAAAUACAAGCAGGGGCGGGCGGCCGCGAGGGAGAGACACUCCUGGAGUAUUGUACCGUAAUCAACUUCCACCAGCGGAUAGCAAGCUUAGCUUAGCUUGUCAUCAGACCCCUGCAGGUUUGAUGAUCCCAGUCAUUCCGCGGCGACACGUCUAAGGAUCUAUCCUUCUCGGGUGAAUAUAAAAUCUCCCCCCUGCUAGUCCACUUGCGAAGGGCACACACAACCUCCCCACCCCAUGUGUGGUGCCUUUCUUUGGAUGCAGAGAGAGCUGCUUUCAGUUUAGAAGACCGAAAUCAGAGCGGAGCUUAAAAACCCCCAAACAAAUCCAAGCUUUUAAAGGGGCGGGUCCAUCGGGGUCGCUUUGCCAAGCGUUUAGCUUGGAGAAGGACAGUUGCCGGGCACGCUGCACCUGCUGGAGCCGUCCCCAUCCCCGGGAUCAAUAGCAUUGUCUGCUCGCUGCGUGCGCCUCGUUCUCCAACAGAGGGGGCAACGUGAGCUCACAAGAGAGCCCAGCAGCCGCUGCCGCCGCCUCACAAAAGGCAUCUUGGAGGGUUAAGCAGACUCCUUUGCCCCACCUCCCCGCCCCCGGGUACGCUCGGUCCCCCCCCUUCCAACGAAUGAGAAUGGACAGAGAGCAGCUGCUCUUGCUGGUACUCCCGGUGGACAGAAGAGAAAGGAGGGGUGGGGUGAGGAUUUUCUUGGAAAUUCAAUGGAGAUGAACUUGGGGUCCUCGGAACCUCGCUGGUUUGGAAUAUCUAUGUGCUGAUCGCCGUUUGGAGUGGCAGAAGCGAGCUCACUUGGGGGAACGACCUGCAAAGCAGCAAGAUGUCUCUGGCCACCUUUUACUUCGUUUUGCCCUUAAUGGAAGUACUCCUGUCUGCCGAAGUGAGUGGACUGCUCGGAGGGGACCGUCUGGAUUGUGUGAAAGCCAGUGACCAGUGUCUCAGGGAGCAGAGCUGCAGCACUAAAUACAGGACGCUGAGGCAGUGUGUAGCCGGCAAAGAGAGCAACUUCAGUCGGGCGACAGGCCUGGAGGCAAAGGACGAGUGCAAAAGUGCCAUGGAGGCUCUCAAGCAGAAAUCGCUGUACAACUGCCGCUGCAAGAGGGGCAUGAAGAAGGAGAAAAACUGCCUGCGUAUUUACUGGAGCAUGUACCAAAGCUUACAGGGUAAUGACUUGCUUGAAGAGUCCCCUUAUGAGCCAGUUAACAGCAGAUUAUCGGACAUAUUCAGGCUAGCACCAAUUGUAUCAGCUGAGCCUGCCAUUUCAAAGGGGAACAACUGUUUGGAUGCAGCGAAAGCUUGUAACCUAAACGAUACCUGCAAGAAAUUCCGAUCAGCUUACAUAACACCCUGUACCAGCAGUGUAUCUAAUGAAGUCUGCAAUAAGCGGAAGUGUCAUAAGGCCCUAAGGCAAUUUUUCGACAAAGUCCCCCCGAAGCACAGUUAUGGGAUGCUCUUCUGCUCCUGCCGAGACAUUGCAUGUACAGAGAGGAGACGGCAGACUAUUGUUCCUGCAUGUUCAUAUGAGGACAGGGAAAAGGAGAAGCCAAACUGCCUGAAUUUACAAGAUACUUGCAAGGAGAAUUACAUCUGCAGAUCUCGCCUUGCAGAUUUUUUCACAAACUGCCAGCCUGAGUCACGGUCUAUUAGUAGCUGUCUGAAGGAAAACUAUGCUGACUGCCUCCUCGCUUACUCGGGGCUUAUUGGCACAGUUAUGACACCAAACUAUAUAAACUCUAACAGUCUCAGUGUUUCUCCAUGGUGUGACUGCAACAACAGUGGCAAUGACCUAGAAGAAUGCGUCAAAUUUCUAAAUUUCUUCCAGGAUAAUGUAUGUCUUAAAAAUGCAAUUCAGGCCUUUGGCAAUGGUACAGAUGUGAAUAUGUGGCAGCCUUUCCUACCUGUCCAAACUACCACAGCUAUAACAACAACAGCUUACAGAGCUAAGACACUGGCAUCAGAGAACACCAACAAUGAAAUACCCACCAACAAUGACUUACCAGCUUGUGCCAAUCUGAAGGUACCAAAACAGAGCUUGAAUGGAUCUGUGACGCCGGAACUUUGUGUGCCUGCGAAUGCAAUUGGGAAAGAAAGUGCGGCCGGAGGCUCCACCAGCCACAUAUCCUCCGAUAAUUCAUCUGCUCUUCGUAUAAGCAUUGGGCCAAGCACACUUCUCAUGCUGAUGGCAAUUGCACUCUCACUCUGCUUGUCCCCACGUUCAGCAGAAACCUUGUAGCUGCUUUAAGAAAAGGACCUGUACAAAACAAAAAGAAAAACAAAAUUGUUUCCUCCUGUCCUCUUCCAUUGUUGAUCUAAAAUUCCAGUUCUAGGAGCUGUGUUGAGGCACUCUGCUAAGAAAUAGUUCUGGAUCAUCAUCAUCAUCAUCAUCACCAUCAUCAGUAUAUUAUUAUUAUUAUUGAUAUUAUUAUUAUUAUUGUUAUUAUUAUUAUUUUCUUAUUUUUAAAGGAAGCUUCUUGUGAUAUUUAGGGGCUUUGUGAAAUACUUGAUGCAGUGCUACAUUCCAAACCCAGAAGGCUUUUGGACCUGCAAUGUUUUAAAAGAGUUGGGAUGUCAGUUUGCUUAAAAAAUGCCCAGGUUUUAUUCUGUUCUCUUCUUGUUUCCCUGUUCAUUGUUAUCUCAGUUCUACUCUUUCUUAAGUUUCUAUUUCUCUCAUUUGGAGCACAGUCCACCAAGAAGUUGUCCUGCGCAAGACCCACUGAAAUGAAUGAGAUCCAAACAAGAGCAUGCAAAUCCUUUGCAGUUCUCAAUCAUUUCAGACUGCUCAGGGUGUUCCCCAUCCCCUGCCCACCCCACCCCACCCAGCAGAAUCUGGGCCAGAACCAUGGUUUUCAGCUGGAGUGGAAGCAUGUGCAGGACACAUUGCCUUCUGGCAAUUCAGGGGCCUAUUCUCAAAAUCCAUUGGGUUGUGUAACAACACCUGGUAUAUCCCUGGGUGGCUCUACAGCCACUUUUAGUGCUUCUGUCACACUGGAGGGGGGAUUGUCUUCACUGAUCUGGGCAUGCCAGGGGGCUCAGAACAGUAAAGGGAAGCCUAGCAAGGAAAAAUUCCUGGUGGAUUUUGUCCUGGGUUAUUUUUUAUUUUCAAAUCAAACCUUUUUUGAUGUAAUAUGGAAGCAGGUUGUUGUCACAUGAUGAAUGUCUUCCUGGAAAGUGAAUUUUAUGAAACUUCUUCUUGUUUCAUAGAUGGCUACCAAUCUUUUAACAUUGUAGCAUUCUUGUCCAUGUUUAUAUAUGUAAGUGGUUUUGCAGCCCUUGCUGAGAAACUAUAGUUAAGUUAUAUGCCAGUGUAAUACACAUCUCUCCGUCAAAAUGUUUGCAGAGAUAGAGAGUGAUAGUAAACUUUCUAACACUGCUUUUAUUUUUCUGAUUACAAACAUUUAGCCUUAACAAGAGGUUUAAAAGAAAUCUUAUAUUAACAAGAAACAACCAUUGUGAACGUUUCAGUAAUCAAAAAUUCUUCUAUCUUUCUGAGGAUAUAUUUAAAAAAACAAUAGAAAUUCAUUUUUGCUAAAGGAUUUAAACUGAACAAUUGUUGGUCUUCUUUAUUGUAAUUAUACAGUUUAGUUAUUUUACUGUUGGUUAAAUAAAAAUGACAUGAAUAUUAAUUACUCUAAAGAUACACCAUGAUCUGCUUAUAUUUACUUUUGUGAAAGAGGUAAAGCAGAAGCAUCGAUCACUUUUAAUUCCUUGCCCCAGUACAGGAAACCACAAGCACAGAAGAAAAUGGAAACAUGUAUCUCAGACUUCCAAAUGGAGAUGUGUGUGUGUGUGCCAUUGGAGAUGGGGAGGGAACACAUCAGCACAACAACAAAAGGAAAGCUCUUAGGGGGCACAAGAUGUCAGUUUCUUCUGCCUAAUGCAGAAGGUGUCAGCCACUGUGUAAGCUCAUUAUUAUACAGUGUUCCCAAUGGAUGCACUCUUGUGUGACACAAGUGGCACAAAUUUUGCAUUUGUGCAGCUUGCACAACUGAUGCACAUUAUGCAAAUGCAAUGUUACUAGGCCAGCAUACUCUCUUGCGGUGUGUCAGCCAUUCUUUCCAAUGGCUGCACUGUUGCACAACUGCAUUGUGCAACUAUGCCUAAUUUUUUUUCAUACCCACAGAAGCACAGGCAGUGUGGAAACCACCUGCAAGACACUGCGCAGUAUGUGGGCCAGUGACUGAUCUCUGCAGUUCCCCAAUGAAGAUUUGCUAUUGGAAUACACUGGGCAGAAGAAAAUAACACCUUAUGCUCCUUAGAGGUCUUCCUUUUGUUGUUCCCAUGCCAUACAAGGUUGUUGAUUCCAAUCAGCUGAUAUUUGCAGAUGCCCAGGAUACAUUAUAUAUUUCUGGAAACCAGUUGGUCCUCUGAACCAUGGUCCUCUGGGGCAUUUUUGUAGAGACUGAGUAAGGCUUAGAGUUCUUCUAUCACUUAAAAAUCAUUUUAUGCCUUAACGCACUGAUGGUGACUAUUGAAAUUAGCAUACUUGCUCUUAAACCAUCUUGAAGUACUGGUCAUAAAACCACAUAUUGCACUGCUAUCUCAAUCCCACCCAAAUAUUACUCAGUGGGGACUAGUCUGAAACCUUCUAUGUAGACAAUACCCAUGUAUGCAACCAUCUGGAAAUAGUAACGUCUGACUGUGCAUGACCAUGCUGAAAAGACACCACUUUUCAAUGGCACUUGGUGUGAGCAUAGCUGUCUUGUCAUUUUUUUACCGGCCAUGCUGAAAUUUGGGCCUGGGGCAGGCUCAGAAGUGGCACCUGUCAAUAUGGCGGCACCUUGGGCAGGCAUUAUUUAAACCAUAUGAAUGGUGGCACUACAUGGUGGGAGUGUUUUAGAACAUCUGGGUGCUAUUCUUGGGAGGUACUCUAGGCGCUACUCUUGGGAGCAGCCACUUUCUCCCGAAUGUAUUGGAAAAUAUUGUUCAGCCACAAUUGAUUGAAAUAGCAAAUACAGCUAUUUCAGUACAAUCCACUGUGACCGAUACAUAGUGUUUACCUCUUUUCAUGAAGCAGCAACCAAUAAAUGACACAGGUCUUCAUCCAUUUGUCUUUCAUAGAAUGACCCUGGGCCAAAUUUUGUUUAAAGCACAUUUUUGGCAAUAGUAGCUGCUGGGGUUGGUUCCAAUCAGGAGUAGGGGGCAAAAUAUUGAAGCCCACUUUCCCACCACAGUUGCAUUCUGGAUUCUCCCUGCAGUGGCUAUUGGGGAGGGGACAAGGAACAAGCGAACAAUCACCCAGAAUGCGCUUUAUAUAACUUGUAGGUUGGACCACUUUGACAAGUGACAAGUGAAGUCAGUCUGUGCCACUUUCACAAUAAAACAUUUAGGAUUAGUACAUCUGACUGACCUCAGAUACACCCAGGAGGGCUCACUGCUGAAUGAUAUCAUCAUUUGAAUUCUACAGCCCUCGCAGUUGCAAGGCAAACUAUCCAGUUCUUUAAAACACACACAUACAUUAAUAGUUUGCUUGCAGCUUCUGGGACUGCUGCCAUAAGAAAGGGUUUGCAAGAUCAGAGCCUUUCUUGAUUUAAAGGAGUUUUCUUGCUAUAUUGCCCUUGUGCAUGAUUCAAGUCAUUUUGAUUUUCAUUCAUUGAUGUUGAUUGUCUAUGAGGGGGCAUGAUGACUUUGUUCAGUCUCUAAAAGGGUUUCUUUAAAGCUUCAAAUGUCAUCAGAGAGGCAGCACUUGUCCUAAGGACUGUCUUUAUGUUGAACUGCAGUGGCUCGGUGGCAGAUAAAGUAAAGCAGUCGUGGCUACAUGAUCAACUGCGAUCUGCUUUUGGUUUUAUUGAAAGUGGGAGACAGCUAUACAAGACAAAGAGCUUAUUAUUUUCAGUUUAGUUUGUCAUGUUUACAACGGAUGCGUGAAAUGUUCAGGCUGCAGUUGAACUUCCAGAUUUUUCAGCUCUGUACCACAAAUCUACUUGCAUUAUGUAAAGAUUCUGCAUCCUGCUAGCCAUAUUAUUAUGUAUAGGAAUUGAUCAGUCAGUUGGUAUUAUUGUUCUUGUCAAAACAUUCUGACAUACACUUGGAGUUUCAUGCAAACCAUUAUCUCCCAAGCUGAAAUUACAUACAUGGGAUAUCUCUCCACUUUGUGGGGGGGAAAUGAGGUAGGCCUCACCUGCAGAGGGUUUAUCAUGCCUUUUUGUUUGGAGCUGGGCCUCUGUAUUUGUCAAGAAAUGUAGAAUAUAUAGUUGGUUCAGUUUCUGUCAUGUAGAUCUUAUAGCUCUAUUUCUGUCCUGUAAGUGUUCGGGAAUAAUUCUCCACUAAACAUGGUACAGUAAAAAAAAAAAUUACUUCUUUCCCACUAAUUAAAAAAACCCAUUACAAAUAACUUUUUUUAAAAAAACAUCCCAAGUCAAUUCACACAAAUUAGCUUAUGUGGAAAGGUAAAAAUGCCAAUUGUGAAUAUGACAACAGUAGUUUGAAAAUGGAGAUAUCAUACAGAUAUACUUGUUAGAGAGAUAGCGUUGUCUGUGGUUCCUGCCAAGCAUGUACUUGGCAAACUUAGAUUUGUUGUUUAAUGAAUAAUCUAGUAGGAACUAAUUAAGUAAUUGGGGGAAACAGUGACAACAACAAAAGAAUAGACUCGAGAUUAGGAUCAGAUUAUUUAACGUCCAGAAGAAUUAAAAGCGUAAUCCUUUAGGAUGAAUGCAGAGUUGGACAUUCCCUAAUUAAAAAUAUUUGCAAACCAAAUCUAAAAAUACUAAGAGGGCAUUCACACAAUCGAGUGGGCAGGCUGGAGAGAAGACAGGAUGGAACCUACCGUUCCCCCACAUGGGGGUCUCUGAUUUCUUCAGUGCGCCGCCAUACACCCACACAAUCCUUGCUACACCUGGCAGCGUGGAGGCAGGGGGAACUAGUCCAGCCUCCAUGAAUUCCAUAAUGCACCACGCAAUGAGGGAUACCCUGGGGAGUCGGCCACUCGAGGCACACCACCCUGGUGCACUCACACCCUUAAGCCCCAGCUAAACAUGAGGGUAAAAAGUCGGGUUGGGCCGGAGGGCAGCGCCAGGCUCAGGCUCAAUCCCAGCGCUGCACAUGAGCAGCCCAACCCAGGCUGGGCUGCCCUAGCCUGGGAUUAGGCUGCUCGUGUAAAUAGGCUUUAAAAGUACUAUUCUUUUCGUCAAUAAAUUCUAUAUUUCACUUAUAUUCAUUCCUUUUAUUUUUGGAACCUUAAUAGUCUUUUAGAAACUAUGUUGCGCCGUCGAGUCGAUGUCGACUCCUAGUGAUCACAUUCCAUGUGAUUUUCUUGAUAGAAUACAGGAGGGGUUUACCAGUGCCUCCUCCCAUACAGUCUGAGAUGAUGCCUUUCAGCACCUCCCUAUAUUGCUGCUGCUGCCCACAGGGCUGUCCUUAGGGCAAGCAGGGCGACCACCCUGGGCCCCUCUCUUUUAACCCCCAUUAGAAUUAACUGGAAGGGAGGCCCCACACUGGCUGAUUUGCCCCAGGUCCCGCACCCCACCAGGGCUUUCUAAGGACAGCCCUAGCUGCCCAAUAUAGGUGACUACAGAUGUAUUUAUUAGGCACAGUCUGGGAAGCACGCAAGUGGGGAUUUGAACUAAUGGCCUCUUGCACUCUAGGCAAGCUGCUUCCCUGCUACGACACCACAGCUGUUGAAUGCCUCACCUUUUACACGGUAAUGAUGAUCUACAUGUGGAACUGGGCUUCCACAUGCAAAGUCUGGAUCUGAUUCUGCAUACACAAAAGAGUGAGGUAUGGGGGACAGAUACGGCAUCCAGUGUGUUGGGAUACAAGUUCAUUGAUGCUAUCAUCUUUUGUCUUCUCUUUGGAGCAGGAAUACCUGGAUUCAGGCAGCCUGUCCUCCCUCCUAACAACAGUUCAUUUUAUCAGUGACAACUAUAUAUUUGGAUCUUUGCACACAAUAGCAAGUGUGCAGCCUGUGCCUACACUCUCUGGCACCUUGGAUCACAUCCAAUCUCUCUCUCUACCAUCUACACUAAUUAUUCAGAAUGAAAGCUAUUGAUGUCUUAAGGUGUAAAAACUACCUUAAUUGGUUUCUGGUAUGAAAGGAAUAACUAAGAACUGCCUUCAGUAAUGAUCCCUUUUCUGCAGAGAAAAACGAUAUAAUACAGAACUAAGGCCUGCUAGGACUAAUCCAAGGAAGAAAUAGUACUUUGUUUUUUCAUUAUAUACAAUUUCAUAUAUAUGAAAGCAUACAGAAUACUUAAUUGGAAAAUAAAUUGCUAUUAACCCAACCAGAACAACAAAAAAUGAGGAGGUAACUUUCAAUGGUACUUUUACCAACAUCUCUGGACAAAUGCAGAUAGAUAUGUUUUAUUAGUUGAGUAUGGCAUGGACAAUAUCAACACAAUCAUUAGCUGCAGCACUGAAAUAAGUGAAUUGUUUGGGGGUGGGGGUUUGCCCACUUCCAACCACUCUAAUUGCAUGUACUAAGUGCCCAGCAAACAAGAUAACACUUCAUUUUUGUGUAUGUCUAUCAGCAAUAAAAUGCAUUCACGGUACAGAGUGACUUAUGACUGCAGGCACCUCUGUAUGGUGAUGAUGAUCUGGACUAAGCUGAUGUUGAGUAGAGGUAAGCCAAAACAUUCUUUAUUGUUUCAUUUUCACUUUCAUUAUUCUAAAAAAAUAGUGCCAUUGAUUUUCAGUAUUAUUUUUCAACUGCUCUUCAGGAUUUAAUCCAUUUUUCUUUCAAAUCCUGAACACUAGAAGGAGGUGCACAAAAGCGACCCAAAAGAAGUUGCUAAGCUCCAGGUAACUAUUUAGUUCCUGAGCUGACCCCCAAGCCCAAGUCUCAGCUCAGCAAAAAUGUCAGGUCUUGUGAGGAAAGGAACUGUGCAAUUCCUGAGGUUGCAUACCCAAGCUCAGAUCUGACUGGGUUAAAGCUUAGGCAGAGUCCUUUUGUAUAUGCUCUAUAAUUUCUUCCUCCAAUUCAUGUUACUGGUAGAAGCCCAUGUGAAGCUGUGGAAGCUCUGACCAAAACUCUGGGAUCAGUGAUGGAUUUGAUAAGAAUAAAUAAACGUAAGCUCAGUCAAAACAAAAUGGAGAUGUUUAAGCUGCAUCCUGAUCAGCCCAGGAGUUAGUGACUUUCUGGUUCUUAAUUAAGUCACAUUUCCCCUCAGGGACUGGGUGUGUAUUUUGGUAGAGACUCACAGAUGAAAGACCUCAUGGCUAAAAGUACAUUUUACCAGUCCCUUAUUCAGCUGCUUCUGGAGAAGGGUUACAUGGCCACAGUAAUUCAUACCUUGGUAACUUCCUACCUGGAUUAGUGUAAUGUAGUUUUUGUGGGAUUGCCUUUGAAGAUUGUUCAGAAACUUCAAUUUGUCCAAAAGCUAAGCCAUCUACAAUUUAUUUUACUUUAAUUAAUUGCCUUCCAGUUUGUUUUGGAAUGUAAUUUUACCUUUAAAGCCUGGUUCAUGCAAAUGGCCUCUGCACAUAUACAGAGAUCCGAACUGGGCCCACGCUGAUGGGGGAAGUGCCAAAGGUGCCUAGACCACACCACACACCCCUUUUUGGUGGGCCGGUCUAGUUCGAGCUUGAACUGGUAGAACCAGGCCAGUUCGAAAGCAACCAGGUUCGAUUUGAACUGGUUCUGCACACCCCUCAGUCACAUGACUUGAGCUCCCUGGGUUACUCCAGGUAGCUCGUAUCAUCUGGAACACCGGGAGCCCUCUGCUCCCGGCUGCUCCAGACCUGGGUAGCCCAGCUCUCCUACCCAGGGCUUUACCUGGGUAGGCCUUUACCUCAGUAGGUAUCGAGGUACCUCAUGUGCACAAUCACCCCCAGGUUACUAGGCUUCCUACCGGCCUGCCGCCAUUUUCAGCAGUGAGCCAGGUGGCGGGGAAGAGCAGUUGUGCAGAGCAGAGUGGCUAUACUAAAAGCAGCUGCUCCACUGUUCGCGUGCUGCCUCCAAGGAGGACCCAGCGCAAGCUUUCCCCCUCCCCCUGGCACUCUGCCAAUUGCCACCUGGGCAUGCGAUUGGUGACUAUUUCAGUGUAAGUUGAUCAUCUGCAGGAGCCUGCCUCCCUGCCCGCCCUCCCCACUGCCCAGCUAGGCAGUUGUGUUGACCACCUUUGGUAUGGGCAAGUAGCAGGGCUUUUUUGUAGAUAACAUCCUUCCCAGGAGUCCCAAACAGCUAAUCCCAUCCCCAUCUUCCAAAAAGCAGUAAACAUGCUUUUGAUCCAGCAGGCCUUUUGAUAAUGAGGUGGUUUCUUAUUUUUAAUCUGACCUGGGGGCCAUUUUGCUUCUCAUGCACUGCUGUAGUUUAAGGGUUUUUAAUGAGUAUAAACCAUCAUUAUUCUACCAAUACUUUAUCAGUGGUUUUAUAAUUUAUUUGCAAGGCAUCCUUACAUUUACAUAUAAAUGUAAACCACUUAUUUUCUAAGCCACUGAGGGGGGAACGUUCUGAUCCCUAAUGGAAUUAAAAUAUAUUGAAAAUGUAGGCUUUGUAAGAAUUUCUGCAAACUGCAGUUCCAAACAGGUAUUCAUAAUUACGUAGGUACUAUGAAAUACAGAAGUUUCUGUGGGCCAUCCUUUUGGGAAACAAUAACUUAACAAUUUGAAACAUGUUCCAUUCACUUGAAAAAUUUGCCCCAAGACUGUGAAGUAUUAUAGAAAUGUAUCGAAAAAUACUCAUGGGUUAUGGGCACAAAAGGAAAAACAAUUUUCUUAUUACAAAUACAACCAUCUUCUGUUUUUUCCCCAAUCUGUAAUUGUCCUCUCCAAAACUAAUAUUUCUCAGAGAGGGUAGGGAGUAAAUUUGGGAGUUGUUCAUAGCCUACAAAAAAUCUCAUUUCCCAAGCAGCUGCAUACUGAAUUACAAAGGUGAAGAUCCAGAAUAACGAUUUGAAAAGAAAGGAAAAGGUGGAUUAUAUAGGAAGUGCUAUUCAUCAAUAUUGUAUGAGCUGAAAGUCAGGAUUAUGUCAGUGCCCAUCUACUACUACUGGUAGUGUCAUGAGAGUUUUGUGGGAGGAUUGCUAGUCUGGUUAGUAGAAAGCCACAUAUGAUCCCCUAAAAGAUAAAUGUCUGUUAUUUCUUUGCCAACACACUUGAUCCCUUUGAAAGAAAUAGUCAAGGUUGGGAGUAUCAAGGUUGGGCUUGGUUCUGAGUGCCCACCCAGACAUCUCCAGCCAUUUAAAAGAAGGCAGCUGAUCCACAUGUGCAAAGCAGUGCACAUGCAGAUUGGCUCCCUCCUUAGAAAUGGAUAGGGGAGCUCGAGUGCCCUGAAGAGAUUGCUAGGUUGGACUGCCUGACUUCAGUGGACCAACAACUCUUAAGGAAGUAGAUACUUUGAAAAGUAAAGCACCAGAGACCCUAAACGGGCAUUUAGUAUUUUUCUCCAUUUGCUGACUAACUGCAAACAGUGCACGUUUAUUGGAAAACUCAAAACUCACUUUCCUGGCUUUCACUUUCAGAAUGGCUCCCACUGAGAAUGGCUCUCACUUUCAAACUAUUACUUAUUUACUUCCAAACGUUCUGAAUAAAUGAUUACAGCGCAAAUCUUUUACCUGCCUACGUAAACUAGCACCUCCUGGUAUACCUGGAGGCAAAGGUUUUCAGCAGUCAUUAUCAGUUCUGCUGCAUUAUCUAUUUCUCAGAUUCUUCCAGACAAUGUAUGCUAACCCGCCACUUUCCACAACAUCACCUCACACAGAUUUGCUUCUGAUGAACUUGGCAGAAAAUUAAUCCAGUUGACUGUGAAGGAUUUCUCUUCUUUAAAUAUUUGCUUUCACUUACCAGCUCACUUCUUCCUCUGACAUUUCAAUUAGUGGCUAUUCAGACACUCUCUGACUUUGGAAGGUCAUUUUAGUUUUGUUCUCUUAUUGCAUUUUUUCCUCUCAAAUGUUGCAUUAGCAUUAUAGUUGUGCAUGACUUGUACAAUGCUCAUGCAGGUAUGUUAGAUGCUUGUUAAGAACUGGUUAACUAGAAAAUUCUUGGUUGAUGUGACCUCUAUAUAAAUAUUAGCUUUGGGUAGAAAGGGGCUGAUGCAUUUCUUAGAAUGCAUUUCUUUCUUUCUACACCUUCAUGUCUUUGCUUGCUAUUUUCCUUCAUACUGCAGGACUUACAAGUCAAAGUGACUAGUGGGCCAUCAUAUCACUGUGUACCCAACUUCUGCUUCAUUAGCCAGGUGAUUUGCUGCUUACUAAAUCCAGCUUGUAUUUCCACUUGUGCAAUUUCUUUCUGUCAACAGACCUUAAGUGCAUGAACUUGCCCAUUUGGUUAAAACCCAUCUCAUGUAUCAUUCUCCUUCAGUUCUGGCUGUUCUACUAACUUUUGACAUGCGUAUUGUAUUUAACUUUGUGGGUUAUGUAUCACAGUUUCAAUUGCAGCUUUGCAUAACCGAAUCUUGUUGUCAUUACUUUGUUUUUCUCUGUAUUUCAGUAAGGCUAAACAAUUGCUAAUCAAAAGUCCAAAUAAGUACUUGGUGCUGUGGCUGAAAUAGUUACAAGGCUUGUCAAAGGAGCAAGGAGUUUGCAGGAGGGAGCGGGAUGGGGGGGGGUCAAUUGUUCUGACAUUUUCUAAACAGUGCUCCAGUUUGGCCAUGGUUUUCCUCCCUAAAGGUCUCUCAGCCCAUUUGAUUACAGCAGCUGCAACUUCUGUCUCUUUUUCCUCUGCCAGGUGCCAAUAGCUGAAUUUUGUCAUGCAGCCACUUGGAGUUAAUUACUGACUAAAUACAGCCGCCAGAUUUGAGACCAGUCUGAAAAGAUGUUUUUCAUCCCAUUUUGACUUUUCUUAAUACCUCCCAAUACCUGCAUUACUUCUUCCUUCUUUACUGUUUCCUAAUCUUGUCGUUGGGGGAUUUCCUUUUGUUUGGUGGAAAUGUAUUUAAGUAGGAUUGGUUUUCUUAAAAUCACACUCACCAGAGCACCAGUCUAAUUACUUUCUUUAUGAUCGGUCUAUUUUAUGAAAUACCAGAUCUCUUCUGCAAUAUCCUGAGUGCCCUCAGCUCCUCUAGAAAUGGAGCAUACAAGCCGAAGUGCAUUUGGCCUCAAGGGGACUUCAUAUACCAAUAUAGGAGAUGUAGGAGGUUAUAACACUGUUUAAAGCAGAUGUAAUUGCACUUUGUUGGUGUGGUUAGCUGUCUUCAAAGAAUCAUAAAAAGAAAAUGGCCACAAGCCAGUGCAUUGUUGUACAAUCUUAAUUCCUAUUGAAAUUAGCAUGUCUAAUUUUUGUGGCCAACAUUCUUGUUGUGGCAUACUGUAAUAAAUGAGCAAACAUCCUAAAUGGCAAAAGGAAUCAAUCAGAAUUUGCCAUGAACAAUACAUAGAGACAAGAGACAAUUGAAACAGAAUGAGCAAUUUAGCAACAGCGUAAUUUUUCUGUAGAUGUCAUUGUGAAAGCAUUUAAUUGAUGCCAAUUAAAUAAGUCACACUCCAGUAAGUGUGUUUAUGACUGAGGAGCCAGUGUGAUGCUACUUAAGGUUCUGUACUUUUAUGCCACACAAACCUAAAUCCAGGAUGGAACUAUUUAUUCAGAUUAAAAUACACCCACAAGGCUCAUGGCCAUGAUCCAGAAGUAUAUGGGCAUAUCCUUAUCUGUACCCAGUUUUUUUCUGAGCUAUGUGGAGAAAGUCAAAAAAUUCUCCAGUGUUUCUCCUUGUAAUAAUCCUGAAAUUCACUGAAAUUUCAGUUCCAACCCUAGUUUUGUUUUUUGGCAAGUCCUCUGCCAAACUGCCCAAACUACAUUUUAAACAGUAGCAGAUAUUCCCCAUAUUUCUAUAAUAAUGGAAGGAGCCCCGUGAGGGCAUAAAGAGGUGGGAAACUAGGUGUGCUUCUUCCGUAGCCCAGAAGUAGUGGAGGAGCGGAGCGGGCUUUUCGCUGCUUUCUCUUUCCUCCUAUUCACUUGCAAGUUGCUGGCUGUGCUGCUAACCCUAACCCUCUGCUGCUGCUGGCUGUGGAAGAAGGAAGAUUUGCUGCUUUUUCCAACCUGUUUGCAACUCUGCCAGGCUUCUUCAUUUAUUGUAUCACUGCAGAGAAUGUCAGCCAGUGAAGUGACUUUAGUUGAAAAGGAAAUGCAGGCAAAAAUAAAUGUCCCAAAUCAGCAAUUUUGUACAUGGAUUAUCAUUCUAAAUGUGAAGGAAAAGCAAUCUAGCACCCGGAGGUAUAUGCAUGAGGGUCCUACACCUUAUGUGUGCACCACUAAACAGACAGUUAAUGUUUUUAUUUCUGACUCUGUUGUUCCCAUUUCAACAAUGGAGGAUGGAUUUGAUUCCAGGUGCCCUAAGGUCUAUGUACCAUCAAGUGACCCAAACAGACAGUGCUAGCUAGCUGUUUAGUGGGAGAAAUUCACCCUUGCAGCAGUUUGCACACAUCCUGUUGCUCCAAAUGAAGGCCUUUGAUCUCUGGAAGCUGUUUCCUCUUUGUAACUCUUGCACCAAAUAAUGUUGCCAUGUCUCAACUAACUUACCUUUUGUUAUUCACUGAUGGUAUUGACCUCAGAUUUUGAGGACUGGACAAAAGCUAGUAUGCUGCUCUUCAUUGUGAUAAGAAUUCAGAUGGUAAAUAAAUGAAUUUUACUGUUUUUCUCACUUGUUUGGUACAAUACAAACUGCUCCAUCGGUUUUCUUAUUCCACAUUGGCAUUUCUGGGAAGCAAGGAACUUGGAUAAAUGUUGUGAAUCGGUGCUACUUUUACUAAGCUGAGAUUUCACUCCAGUGAUCUCUGUGCUGUAAGACAUCUUUACCAUACCUACUAAUAUUAGGUAAGCUACUGCUUUUAGGUAAGAAGAAGGUACCUAAAUCCAAACAGCAGGUCGAAAUGGCUACAGAAACACACUUGAAGACUGGGGAAGGGGGCGGGGCGGGGGGCUGGCUUUGCUUAAUGGGAUUUCUAUGAAGCUAUACGUCUCAUCACAUAGUAUUGAAAAUGAUUAACUGUGAUUAAUCCUGCUCAUGCUAAGAAAAGCUGUCUGAAUGUUGCUUUUACUCAAGAAUAUGUCGAAGUUUGUGUUAUUUUUGUAUAAUGCAAGUUGUCAAGAACUGCAGCAGUUGGGAAAUAGAAUUCAAAGUUUGGAUUAAUUUUUUUAAUAUUCUAUUAAGAUGUUACAGGGAUUAUAUGGGAGUAGGGACUGAAAUAAGUGCUAGCAUUUGAAAAGCAAAGUAUUAAUAUACACUGUGAAUUGAUUUAUAAUUUGAGGGCAACCUCUUCCCAGGUUUGUUUUGAAAGACAAUUUGUUCUACCCUAGGUUUCCAUUUGGAAGAUAUUCAUAUAACAAAUAUUCACUUUGCUAUCUUAUGUAAAUGAUAAGUAUGAUGUCCUAGAGAUUUCUGUACCACCACCCCCCACCCCUUCAACGGUUUAUGAUGUGUCAGGUCCUCUCAGUCAUUCUGCCGGGUACAUUGUUGUUAAGGAACAAAUGCUACUAUUGACUGUUCCCGUUGACGUUGACUUAGAUUUGAACUAAGGACACUGUUCUUUAAAUUGUCCAGACUUUGGAAGUGAUUUUGUGAUGUUUGUUUUUCUUUUCCUGUUGGCAUAAUGCUCGCACACUAUAAAAAUGUACAUAUCUGAAAGAAGAAAAACCCACCAAAUAAACGUUGUCUCUUUUUUUAUUAAAAUAAGGAAGUAAUCUGA